UAGCGUAGAAAACGAGAAAUGAAUAAGGUCCAAUUUGUCUCCAGCGUAGCCGAUGGGCAGACAUCAAGGACGAUGCUCACACGCUUAUCGACAAAUUCAAACCGCUGAAUUUGAAUAACAUAGUGAAUUUCAGAAACUCUUUCCCUCAAAUCCGCCAUGUUCGCCAAGCGCCUCUUCCAGAAGGCCACUCAUCAUCUUUCGCAGCAUAAUGCAGGCAGUUGCCUAACAUCCAGCGAAUUGGACCUACGAAUUAGUGUACACUAUGGUAUUCCUUCAACUGCAUCAAUCCUAGCUUUUGAUCCCAUUCAGCGCCUAUUGGCCAUAGGAACUCUGGAUGGUAGAAUUAAAGUGAUUGGAGGAAAUAAUAUUGAAGCACUUUUGGUUUCCCCACAGCAACUGCCUUACAAAUACUUGGAGUUUCUUCAGAACCAGGGUUUUUUGGUCAGCAUCACAAAUGAAAAUGAUAUUCAGGUUUGGAAUCUUAGAAACCGGUCCCUUGCUUGUAGUUUGGUGUGGGAUUCCAAUAUUACUGCUUUCUCCAUCAUCAGUGGCUCCCAUUUCAUGUAUGUUGGAGAUGAAUAUGGAUCUGUAUCAGUUUUGAAGUUCUCCAUUGAUGAUGGACAGCUUCUCCAGUUGCCAUAUCAUAUAUCUUUAGCUUCUCUUGCUGAAGGAGCUGAGCUCUCAUUACCUAAUAAUCAACCCAUAGUUGGAGUUCUUCCACAACCCUUUUCUUCUGGGAACAGACUAUUGAUUGCAUAUGACAAUGGAUUAAUAAUACUUUGGGAUGUCAUUGAAGCCCGAAUUCUCAUUGUUAAAGGUGACAAGUACCUCCAAUUGAAAGAUGACAUGAUUGAUUCUUCAAGGAAUUCUGACACUAGCCUUGUGGAUGAUUCAUCACAACAUCAGUUAGAAGAAAAAGAGAUAAGUGCCCUUUGUUGGGCAUCCUCUGAUGGGUCCAUUCUUGCUGUUGGAUACAUAGAUGGGGAUAUUCUUUUCUGGAAAAUAUCAACAGCUGCCCCUACCAAAGGUCAAAAGUCUGGAUUGCAAAAUAAUGUCAUCAAGAUACAGCUAUCUUCUGCUGAAAAGAGACUUCCAAUUAUUGUCUUACAUUGGUGGGCAAAGAGUAAAUCCCGUAAUGGGGUUGAUGGACAAAUUCUUAUUUAUGGUGGUGAUGAGAUAGGAUCUGAUGAAGUUUUGACGAUUCUUAGUCUUGAAUGGUCAUCUGGAAUGGAUACUCUUAAAUGUGUGGGCCGUGUAGAUCUCUCAAUGUCUGGCUCCUUCGCAGAUGUGAUUUUAUUACCAUCUGCUGGGAUCAAAGGGACUGAUCAAAAUGCUGCUCUAUUUGUUUUGACAAGCCCUGGGCAACUAAAAGCUUUUGAAUGCACCAGUCUGUCACCCACGGAAUCUCAGGAAGAGAAGAAAAUAUCUGUGUCUGAUAAGGACUAUCCUGCAGAACUUCCUAUAGUUGACCCUUCCAUGACAGUGGCAAAACUUUUUCAAAUACCUGAAGAUGGGAACCUGUCUGAUGCUUUGUUGGAGGAAAAUCUCUUCAAGAAAUUUUGUUCAGUGGAAACUUUUUCUGGUGCUAAAAAGUGGGCCUUGACUGGAGGUGUGUCCAAUCAUUUGACUCUGGGGAAUGCUAACAGGAUUGAGCGGGUGUACAUAGCUGGUUAUCAGGAUGGAUCUGUUCGGAUGUGGGAUGCCACACAUCCAGUCUUAUCAUUGCUUUGCAUUUUUGAAAGUGAGGUUAGAGGUCAAAAUAUGACCAUCUCUAGUGCUUCAGUAUCGAAGAUCGAUUUCUGCUUCAAGACUUUAAGAUUAGUUGUUGGCGAUGAAUGUGGUCUGGUCCGUCUCUACGAACUUAAGGAUAAUGGUGGAACAAGUUUCAUUUCUGUUGAUCAAACUAAACAGGAAGUUCAUAAAUUUGCUCAAUGCCAAGGACCUCAUUGCAGAGCUGUUAUAAAACUUCUUGCUUCUCAAAUUCAAGCUCUCAAUUUUGUAAAUUCUGGAGCCAAACUUACAGUUGGAUAUGAAAAUGCACAAGUUGCAGUUCUUGAUAUGACUUCAUUAUCCCUUUCAUUCAUUACAGACUCAAUUUCUGGUGGUAUUUCUCAAUUAGUGUCAGUGAUCCCAAUGGCAUAUGAGCAUGAUUGUAGCCAUAUAAAAAGCCCUAAACAUUCAGAACUUUCAGAAAACUAUACAGAUGAAAUAAUGUUUAUAUUGACAAAGGAUGCAAGGAUUUAUGCUAUUGAUGGUGGUACUGGUAAAAUGAUCAGCACAAGGCCACUACACUUAAAGAAGGAUUCAACUGCAAUUUCUAUGUAUGUCAUAGAGAGUGAUACAACAGUUUCAUCAUCAAGUAACCAUCUUCAAUCAUCCAACAAUGAAGAAGUGAGCAAGGAGCAUCUACUGGAAACAACUGCUAAGAGAAGUGAUAAAUCUGAGACUUGCUCUUCAGAUGAUAUCUCCUCAAGGAAAAAAAAUAUCAAAGAUUCUCUUGUUUUACUAUGUUGUAAAGAUACAUUGCGCAUUUAUGCCACGAAGUCUGUAGUUCAGGGAGAUAGAAAGUCUAUUCACAAAGUCAAACAUGAAAAGCCUUGCUGUUGGACCGCUACUUUUAACAUGAAUGGUAAAGUUUCUGGGCUGAUAUUACUCUUUCAGACAGGAGAGAUAGAGAUCAGAUCUUUGCCUGAAUUAGACUUGGUGAUGGCGACCUCAUUGAUGUCAGUUCUAAGGUGGAACUUCAAGGCAAAUAUGGAGAGGACAAUGAGCUCAGUGGAAAGUGGGCAUAUUGCUAUGGUUAAUGGGUCUGAAGUGGCAUUUCUCUCUCUAGCAGCCAGUGAAAAUGAUUUCAGGAUUCCAGAGUCUUUGCCUUCUCUUCAUGAUGAAGUGCUUGCAGCAGCGGCGGAAACUGCUAUCAACUUCGCUUUAAAUCAGAAGAAAAAGCAGGUUCCUGGUUCCAAUCUUCUGGGGAACGUUGUUAAGGGAUUUAAAGGGUGGAAACCAAACCAUACCAUGGAUACUGCCUUCUCUUCUGAAUCAAAGUUUGAUCACCUUGAAGGAAUCUUUAUGAAAAACCCAUUCCCAGAAUCAUCUCCAAUAAUGCAGGAUAUCCAGGAAGAACCUGAACUUAAUAUAGAUGAUAUUGAAAUUGAUGAGCCAACACCUAUGGCGUCAACAUCGUCUCAUGAAGUACAAAACACUGAAAGAGAUAAAAAAACUGAAAGAGAAAGGUUGUUUGAUUUUGAGGGCACUGAUACAAAACCUAGACUUCGGACACAUGAAGAAAUAUUGGCAACAUACAGAAAGGGUGGUGAUGCCUCAUCAGCAGCUGGCCAAGCAAGAAACAAGCUUUUAGAACGCCAAGAAAAACUUGAGAGAAUUAGCAAACGAACUGAAGAACUUAGCAGUGGAGCUGAAGACUUUGCAUCAUUGGCAAAUGAGCUUGUUAAGGCAAUGGAAAACCGGAAAUGGUGGCAUAUUUGAAACAUUUGCAUGUACUGUAUCUGCUUGGAGUUUUUCUCUUGUGCAUCCACCUGAUGGCAAGGCAAAGUGGUUGGCCAUAACUCACAGAGAUAUUCACACAAGUAACAUUUACAUUUCCUUUAAUACUCAUCAUACAAUGGAAACAGUACUAUAAUUGUGUUUUGCCAUCUUAUAAAACUCGCUGGCUAUUAAUUUAUUAUGUAUGUAAUUCAAUUUUGAAGUGAUUGAAGCUGUUUCAGCUUGUUGAUGUAAAAUGCUGAGUAUUAUUAUUGUUGUUAAUAUUUCCAAAUUUGAUGUUUUGGAUUGUGAGA